AGGGCGCAGACAGGAUGGCGAUGACAGCAGAAGACUACGCCCGUAUCGCUAGGGAGGUCGAAGCUGCACUGGAGGAAGCCGCCAAAGAAGGCUCUCCUGUCAGCUUUGACCGGCCACAUGCUGACAAGAAUCAGAAUCGGCCAGAAGGCUGCUCGGGGAAAAAAGAACGGGCCAUGCGGAAGGAACAGAUGCGCGAGUACCAGGAGAUGGAUCGCAUAGGAAACCUUGAGAGCAAGGAGCGCGACGCAGGCUUGGGCGAUGGAGAUUCAUGGGCGAUUCAAAGAAGUGACUGCGCAUCGCGCCAAGCCCACCUCGGAGUACAAUACCGCUGGGGCUGAUCGGACUCCGAUCAGCAAAGUCUUCAAGUGAAGGGACCGUGAAGCGGCGCUCCGUUGAUGUUACGGUGCCCACAAUGCGUGUCUUCUGACGACAUCAUGUCUGAGUUGAGGCUUGAUUUCG